UCCCGUUAAGUCUAUGUUGGUGAGGCAUUUUUAGGCAAAAUGGAGAAAAUUCAGAGGCCGCAAGAGACAAGACCCACAGCAGAGUUUUUCAGAGGGGGAUGCCGACUCCGUGUGGCACCAUUCUGUGUGUGUACUGUCGGGGAUGCUGUUUUAGUGCAUCUUCGAUCCAGUUUAACCACAGAGCAUGGGUCCCGUAUCAGCCGUGGGCUCACAGGGAAAAUACACAAUAAAAUAAAAGCAGGGGAUACUCAGUGCCCCAAGAGCUGCCUGUCAUUAGUGCAUAAUAACAGUGGCACGGAGUCUAUAGAGCAUCACACCCACGUGCCAGGGGAUAAUUUCACAAAGGCUUCAUUCGGCCUUUUAAUGGUCGGAAUUCCAGACAUUCCUUGUCUCACUAUAGGCCUAUUUUAUUUCUAAGCAUCUUUGUGAUUUCAGCAUUUUUAGACAUUUUCGAAUGACAGGUAUUUUAAAAACGUGUUUUAGAAUACUUUAAUGUUUAGGGCAUAAAUGAGCGUAUUUAACAUUUGGUCACGAUUUAUAAAACUGUAGUAUUUCCAAUUAAGCGACGACGCGCGAUACAACAAACAGAAUAAACAAGACCGACGGCGGUGUAACUUGAUUAAUGUGACGAUGCAUCGCUCAGUGUUUCCGAGGAGCGUUUGGAUGUGCGCGAGAUGAGGCGGCUCGGGGGCACCGAGCCGGGCGCGCGCGCGCGCGCGUGUGUGUGUGUGUGUGUCUGUGUGAGUGAGUGGGGAGAGUGUGUGUAGCCUAUGUGCGGGGAGUAUGUGUGUGUGUGUGUGUGUGUGUGAGUGAGAGUGAGUGAGUGGGGAGAGUGUGUGUAGCCUAUGUGCGGGGAGUGUGUGUGUGUGUGUGUGUGCGCGCGCGCGCGCUGCUCCGCUGCCGCUGCCCUUUGAUCCCCGCAUUAGUGUCAGUUAGGGGCUCCGGCACACAUACACACCGACAGCAGCCAUAGUCAGACACGGGAUCGCCGCCUCCUCCGCCUCCCAUCGCCCGGCAGCGCAGUCCGGAGCCGCGGACCGCCAGGUGCGGGACGAGCCGCUGCCAUCGGUCGCCGGCUCACCGUCUCAAUGGAGAAAAACAUCCCUCCUUCUCAUCCCUAAACGCGGAGGAGGAGGAUGUGAAGAGCGGGGAAAAUGCCCCGGAGAAAGCAGGAGCAGCCCCAGCGCCUGGCUGCGCAUCUGGAACGAGCUGAGGAUGGAGAGGCGGAGCCUGUGGGAGGCGGGAGCUGGUUUGGCCACGCCUCCGACACGCCUUCUGAGGAUGACAUCCAGCCGUCUCCUGAAGGGGGCCCUCCGGAGCAAGACACCUCGGGGGAGAGCUCUGUGGGCUGUCCCACGCCUGUGCCCCGCGCGUCCCUGGACCUCCAGGGGCUGGACUCUGACUCCUUCCACGUGGGGAGCUUCACGGUCCAGGACACCCUGUCCUCGGUGGUGUCCUCGCUCUACGGGGACCAUGCACUGGGGGCGCCGCUGAGCAGUAACCUGAGGCGUCUCCUGGAGGCCGACUCCCUCCGGUUAGACGUGGGGGGGCUGGUUGACCGGGACAGGUCCCAGGACACCUCGUCCCUGCACCUGGACUCCGCCCUGUCCCCAUCCUCCCGCCACGCCCAGCAGUUGAGCGCUCUGGCUCGCAAACUCGCCAAGAGCUCUGCCUCCAUGACGGCUUCACCCACCCCGACGGCGUCGGUCAGUGCGGUGAAGCGGGAGCUUUCUGAACCCUUUGCUGGUGCCAAUGGCAACAGCUUCGCCUGGGUGGGUGGGGGGGAAACCUGGCUACCUGCUGGCGGCUCCGCCCCUGGCGGCAGCAGCCUAUCCCCGGACUCCGCCAUCCAGAAGCUGAAGGCCGCGGCCAAUGCCGUACGGCAGGACAAAAGUGCCGGAGCUUCUUUGGCUGUUUCAUCCUCCUCGUCAUCGUCGUCCUCCUCCGGGGUUAUCGGCGGGGGCAGGGCAGACGAGCCGGCCCGCUUUGACGCCUUCCCCAGCCCAUUUAACUCCCAGUCCGCCAGCUCCACGCUGGCAGCCUUGUCCAAGAAGGUGAGCGAGCGGGGGCUCCAGCAGGGGGAGCCGUCCGCAAACUGCUCCUUCUUCUCGCUGGUUUCCAUGACGCCAUCAGCAGCACUGCUAAAGGAGGUGGCGGUGCGAGCAGCUAAGAACCUCCUGGGCUCCCAGCGGGAGCAGGUGACAGCGGCGGAAUCUCUGGGUGAUGGCGAGCCGCUGGCGGACAGCGACCAGAAGCUGUCUACGGCCAGGCGGAGCGCCGAUCCGCCCCCGUCCCCCCCCAAGGGGAAGGUGAAAGCCAGCAGUCAGGAAGUGCCCCCUGAGGACGGGGGCAGGCCCUUCCAGUGCCCUGUGUGCGGCCUGGUCAUCAAGCGGAAGAGCUACUGGAAGCGGCACAUGGUGAUCCACACGGGCCUCAAGAGCCACCAGUGCCCGCUGUGCCCGUUCCGCUGCGCCCGCAAAGAUAAUCUGAAGUCCCAUAUGAAGGUACACCAGCACCAGGACCGGGGUGAGACCUUCCAGUGCCCGCUGUGCCCCUUCACCUCCUCGCGCCACUUCAGCCUGAAGCUGCACAUGCGCUGCCAUCAGCACUUCCCGCGCGCCGAGCUGCGGGUCAAGCAGGAGGCAUCCAGCGACGGCGAGAGCAAAGACAGAGGCGGCUCCCCGGCCUCGGCGGACAGCUCGCUGCGGCCCUCGCCUCGGGACCCCGGCGAGCACGUGCGGGUCAAGGAGGAGCCCCAGGAGAGCCAUGUCUCAGGGGCGUCACCCUUCAGUCUCUGCGCCCCCUCCGACCAGGCCACUCCUAAGUCUGGCCCUCCCACACCUCUAACCACCCUGUUCGGCACAGACAUCACCACCAAGUCUGCCUCCGACCUGCUCAUCAAGCUCUCAGCUGCGAACCAGAAGGAGGCCCAGAAAUCCCGUUUUUUUGUGAAGCAGGAAGAGGAUGAGGAGGAGGAAGAGCAAUCGGAAGAGGAAUCGAGUCCCCGUCCGGCCCUUGGGCAGCCAGGCCAGCCCUUCUGCCAGGCUGAUGGGCGCCUCCUGGGCCAGAACAUGGGCGUGAAGGUGGCAUCCGAAUUCCUCAUGAAGCUCUCGGAGAACAAGAGGGAGCCAUGUAACUCACAUGGAGCGCCGGUAAAGGCAGAACCCAUGGACUUGGAUCCCCCCGGUUUGACCCCCCUGGCCUCGUCUUGCCUGCUGCCCUCUGAUGAGCCUCUGACUGGCUUGCCCGCCGGCCCCCUGUGUCCACAGAAAGCACUCUUCAGCCAGGACAUUUCUGUCAAGAUGGCCUCUGAGCUGCUGUACAAGCUGUCAGAGAAAGUGAGCAAAGCAAAGGAGUGCAGAGACAGCAGUAUAAUGGGCAUGGCCAGGCCGUACUCAAAAGAGCCCUGCAGGCAGUCACUGUACAGCUCAGGAUCCCUCUCCAGUGACACGGGCUCCUCCACCAGGGCAUCACUGCAAGGCUGGGUGAAACUGACCGGGGACGCAGGGAAUGGCGCCUCCCUGUGGCGGGCGAACGAGCAGCUGUACCCCUGCCCUGUGUGCGGGAAGGUGUUUGGCAGGCGACAGACCCUCUCGCGACAUCUGUCCCAGCACAUAGGGGAGCGAAGGUAUGGGUGCCACCUGUGUCCCUAUGUGGCGAAGUGCCGGUCCAACCUCAAACAGCACCUCGCCGUCCACUGCGGCAAGCUGCGGGGCUCCAACGGGCCGGCGCCCAACCCCAGCGGGGGCAGCCCCUGCCGGGACAGCCCCUACUACUACAGCUGCCAUGUCUGCGGGUUCGAGGUGGAGCUCGGCGUCCAGUUCAACGGUCACAUGUCCCUCCAUGGCGAGCAGCAGCGCUGCAUGUUCUCGCUGUGCUGCAGGAGCUGCGGUUUCACGUGCAUCGAGGAGGCUGACAUGAAGGCGCACGUCCACACUGAGCAUGCAGGGUGCAGCUCUAGAAGUCCCCUCAGCGAGACCAAAAGCACCUCCUCCUCCCUGUCGGCCCUCAGUGACUCCAUCAGCGGCUCGGAGAGUGGUGACGUUGCCCACGGUAAUGACGGACUGCAGGGCUUGCUGGCCACGCCCCCUUCUGCAGACAGCCACUCAGGAUCAGGAACGGAGGAGAGGACAGAAAAGGGCUUUGAGUGCGUCUUCUGCAACUUUGUGUGCAAGACCAGGGCGAUGCAGGAGCGCCACGUGGAGGCGCACCUCCUGGCACGUGGAUGUGAAUGCGACAUCUGCCACAAGCUGAUGGACAGCCCCGAGCAGCUACGGGAGCACAAGAAGUGCCACGUCCUCCCCACCACGAGGCUCAAGUUCCCAUACCCCACGGAGCAGCCAGCCUCUGCGAUGCUCCCCCCGGAGUGUCGCAAGCAGACUGAACAGCGACGUGGACGGACCCGGAAGGGCAGCCAGCGGGAGCUGAGGCUGCAGGAGUGCGAGCAGCGAGUGCACGGCUGUCCCGGUCCUGAGGCCGACCCAAGCCUGCCUCGCGGCCCACUCUGUUGCGUCCGUCACGCCUUCGCCCACGGCCACCGGGACGGGGAGCCACCAGAGAAGCACCGACGACGCAGGGGCUGCAAGCGCAGUGGCAGGCUGUCCCCAACAGGGGGCGUUGGCGUGUCGUCGGUCAGCGUGUCUGCCCCCCGCAUCCCGCUGUCUGUCACGGCGAAGAGGCCACCGGGGAUCGGGCCGGCUUUGUGCUACCUCUUGCGGCAGGGCUCCUGCUCCUCCGUGCCACAUGGGACGUACUUUGGCUCUGAGCUGGCUCACCUCGUCCCCCUGUCUCACUGCUCCACCCUGCCCGCCUCCCGAAUCCGGCCGGCCUCCCGCACCUCCCUCUCCCACCCCCUCUCGCCCAAGUCCCUGAAGCACUCCUUUCUCGCCUAUCUGGGCCUGGAGGCCGUGUAACUGGUGACCUGGAUCCGACAGUCGGACCUUUUCCCCCAAGUAAACAGAACAUGCUGGAUAAAGUAGUCAAGGUACAUGAAAAAUACACAUUUAUAUUUAAAACAACUAUAAAUAUGUGCUUAAAGCAUUUAUAUCAGUGCUGCUUUACUCCCCUCUGUAUCAUUGAAUAUAUCUAUAUUUUUGUUUUUUGUUACCUGUGCGUGAGUCUAAAUGACCCACUGCGUUUCUGACAGAGAUCAGCAGGGACCUGUGACCUGCCUCACAUUCCUGUAUUUUCUGUCUUUCCUCGUGCAUUAAGAUGCAUGCCUGCAUAUAUGUUCCAGUAAGUUUGGUGUAACUUUGACUAUGGGGAAAAUCACAGAAAGGAUCCCAGGUGCUCAGCACACUGGAAUCUCAUGUCUCGGCGGUACGUGGAGUCAAUUCUGCAUGUGGGUUACCUGAGGUGUGCCACUGGGCCCAGGAUCGAUCGCUUCCAGUGUUCGCAGACAGUGUUGCAGCAAAUUCGGCGCUAUGCUCUGCUGGUGUGUGCAUCUACUGUUCUGCGCUCCUGGGAAUUCCCGCAACGUGAGUGGCGUGGUCCGACUCCAGAGUACAGCCGCCAAUUUGGCUGUCCUUAGGAGUGACCGAGUGGAGCCUUGUGGACCGGAUCAGGCUCUGGGGCCAGUAGUGACUGCGGAUGGAGGUCUGUCUGUCACGUCGCUCAGGGGGUAAUGGAGGCUGAGUGUGUGGUGUCGCCUGACUGGUGCUUUAUAUCAUCGGCAGCAGUCCCUCAGUGAAGUGAGCACCUCGGAGACCAUCCCUGGCUGUCUGCGCUGGGGAGGAGGGCAGCGCGGCAUUUAGAAGAGCAGUGUUUCCUGUAGCGUUUCUACAUAGAGUAGUGCGACAACUGGGCUAAUUGUACAGCUUUUCCCUGUAAAUAAUCAGGCAAGACAGAGUCUGUAAAUGGUGGCCUUCCUCUUCAUUCUUCUGUUUUCCCCCUAUGAAUAAUAAUUCAGAAAUUCGCCAGGAACCAAUGCCAGAAACGAGAUUCACAGACGUGGCUAAUACCUUUAGCCGUGGGUGUGCUAUUGCUAACCUCCCCGUCCAGCCAAAAGUCAUGGGACGACCUGGACAUUCGCAAGAACACGCCGCGUCAACCAGCCAUCCUACAAGCUCAGGAGACAUCUUCAGGAGCAGAGCUCAUCUGCGACCUUGCGUGUGUGUGGAGCCCCACGGCUGUGCUCAGUGACACACUGAAUCCUGCAUUGUUUCCAAACAGCCCGAUGCAGAAUCGGUUUCAUUUCACAGAAGUCUGUGUCCCAUGACUUUUGGUAGGCAAAUCAGUAUCUGACCUAGAUAUAUGUGUACAUUUCUCUGUGUGUUAUUUUUUUUUCUCAGUAUUAUUCAACUGCCCUGGUGAGAUUGUUUCAAAUUUGAAGCAUUUUUGUCACUUUCGAAUGUUACAAGCACUUAUUGUUUUCCUAUCCGUUAAUGUCACGAUUACUGCUGUUGACCAACUUAAUCUGUUGCACAGUCUGUCCAUGGUGAAAUUCCAAAACGAAAUCUAAUUUCUGCAGAAUUAAACUGCAAUGGGGUGCAAAAGUUGAAAAGGUAAAAAUGGAAAAAAAAAAUCUGUAUUGCUAAGCGAUUUCAGAUGUCAUAAAGAGUAUUGUAAAUUGAAUUUUAUAUUCCUUUGUUUUCUAGUUUUUAAAAGUCGAAAACAUGAGCUUCAUUAGCCAUUUUUGAUGCAGUUACUGCAGUAUCUUGAAAGAAGUGAAGAAACACAGUCAGCCUUGGGUUUGACUUUUAUACAUAGAGCAGUUAAACUUCUGAGCUUAGUUGCUCAUGCUGAAAGAAAUUAAGGCAGUUUUGCACAGUUGUUUUUGGAUAAUUACAUAAUACUAUAUGAUUGCUAAACUGUUGCAGGUGUGCGUCAGUUUAACGAAGCAAAACUUGAGUAAGAAAGGGUAUACUUGUUCCCCUUCUGCAGCAGGAACUCUGAUUGGUAUAAUAUAAUGUAUGUGAGAAACCCCAGAUCUCCAAACCUGCUGAGUCAGGACUGAAUUUGGUCAUUUGCCAGACCAGGUUGUGCCAGAGUUUCUGUGGAGUCGAAGUUCCAGCCUAGGCAGGUUUGGUAUGUACUGCAGCACGUCGGCACCAAAAGGGCUCCCCUUAAAGACCCCCCCAUUGUGUUAUGUGUGUGACUCUAGUGCCACAUGGUGGAAGGGAACAGCAUGCAAAUAACACAUAUUAUCAACCCAGGGAGAAAAAGAGAUACCUUCACCCUAUCCCUGUAACCUCUCAAUUUGAGAAGUUUGGUCUUUAGCCGGUCUACCCAUUUUAAGGCUGAGGAGUUAGGCUAUUGGCUAAUUCUCUUCUGUUUCGAGGCCUAGGAGUUUAGCUUUUGUCCAGUCCUCUUCUGUUUCCAGACCGGAGGAGUUCAGCUGUUGGCUGGCCCUCUUCUGUGUUGAAGCCUGAGAAGUUCGUUUGUUAGCUAGUACUCUUCUGUGCCGAAGCCCGAAGAGAUCAGUUAUUAGCUGGUCCUCCUCUGUUUCAAGGCUGAGGAGUUUAGCCCUUGGCCAAUCCCCUUCUCUGUCAAGACCUGAGGAGAUCAGUUAUUAGUCAGUCCAAUUCUGUUUCGAAUUUCUCUGUUUUCGCCGGUAUUCUUCUGUUUCAGGACCCAAGGAGUUCGACUGUUAGCUAGUACUCUUCUGUUUCGAUGCCAGAGACAUUUGGCUAUUAGAAGAGGACCAGCUGUUUUGAGGCAAAAGGAUUUCGCUGUUAGCAAGUGCUCUUCCGCUUCAAGGCCCAAGAACUCUGGUUGUUAGCAGGUCCUCCUCUAUUUCAAGGCUAAGGAGUUCUGUUCUUGGCUGGUCCUCCCUAUUUCGAGGCUGAGGAAUUCUUGGCUGGUCCUCCCUAUUUCGAGGCAAGGGAGUUCUGUUCUUGGCUGGUCCUCCCUAUUUCGAGGCUAAGGAGUUCGAUUCUUGGCUGGUCCUCCCUAUCUUGAGGCUGAGGAGGUCCUCCCUAUUUCGAGGCAAGGGAGUUCUGUUUUUGGCUGGUCCUCCCUAUUUCGAAGCUGAGGAAUUCGACUCUUGGCUGAUCCUCCCUAUUUCGAGGCUGAGAAGUUCGACUCUUGGCUGGUCCUCCCUAUUUCGAGGCUGAGGAGUUCGACUCUUGGCUGGUCCUCCCUAUUUCAAGGCUGAGGAGUUCGACUCUUGGCUGGUCCUCCCUAUCUUGAGGCUGAGGAGUUCUGUUCUUAGCUGGUCUUCCCUAUUUCGAGGCUGAGAGGUUCUGUUCUUGGCUGGUUCUUCGUAUUUUGAGGCUGAGAGGUUUUGUUCUUAGCUGGUCCUCCCUAUUUCGAAGCUAAGGCAUUUGGCUGUUGAUUGGUCCUCUCCAAUUUCCCCAUGUCUCCAAGCACUUGAUUUUGCUAUUCUUUGCCUAACUGUAAGCUGCACAGUGAUUUUAACUGAUUGCUUUACUAUGUUUAACCCUUCAUUAGCUGCAUGCUUUAAAAAGCUUGAGCUUCCAGCACUUAUUUUUUUUCUCAUUUUUCUGAUUAUGCACUUAUUAUUCUGUAAUGUCUUCAGGCUUUUUCAGGCUUUAAGUUAAUUUCCAUGUUAUUAUUCUAUGAGACUAAAUAACAUUUUUGAAGUCUAUCUCUUAUUGGUUUGGGUAAUAUCAGUAUGUACUGUACUGUAUAAAACUUUUUAUUACUUCAUCUACGGCUGUACAGGGUUGUUUGUGACUAUGACUGGUAAUACCAUCAUUUGUACAUUGUCCUUUGUCCUUUUUACUUUGUUGUUAUUUUUCUGAUUGCAAGUUUUUGAUGUAACAGGAUUUGGAAGUAAAGCUACGAUAUGAUAAUA